AUGCAAGACGGGGAAUCAAGUGCAACUGUAGAAAGUAAGGACAAACAGGAAUGGAGGACGAGACUUCCCCUGACAAAAAUUGAAAACAAGGAUAUCAAGAAACUAUCAACUGAUGGCAUGAGCAAAGCGCAUCGGAUUUCACCUGGACAUGAAGUAAAUCAAGGAAAAACGACACGGACUGAGUUCACAAUUCACGAUAAAUACUUCUGUACGAUAUGCGGUCAAGAAAUUCAUAAGAAAAGCUUCUACCGUCAUUUGGAAGUGAAGCACAAUUUUUCCAAAGAACAAUGUCUCCAAACCCAAAUGGAAAAUAAGCAACAACGAGCAACGAUUCAAUGUCCACUUUGCGAUGAGAAGGUAGUCGACCAAGAAGCUUUGGCAAAUCACUGCGCAAAGCGCCACUCAGAAGACGGCGCAGAUGGGCUUGCUCAAGAUUAUACAGUGUUCUACAAAGGAAUUUGA